AAGGCAGCAGCACCUCGACUCAACACUUCCUCUGGGUAGUCCGCGGAGCAGCCAUUUUGAUUCAGACGCGCAGAGCUUGAGAGAUCCCGUCUGGAAAAGUAGCCGAUCCAGAGGAAGAGUGAUGUGGGACCAGGGAGGACAGCCCUGGCCGCAGUGGCCUCUGAGCCAGCAGCAGUGGAUGCAGUCUUUCCAGCACACGCAAGAUCCAGGUCAAGUGGACUGGGCUGCCUUGGCACAAGCGUGGAUCGCUCAGAAGGAGUCGACCGGGCCAGAGCAGCCAAACGUUCAGCCCAACGGCCAGGAUAUCCCGGGCCUUGAAUCAGUUGCACAAGGCAACCAUGGCGCCCUGCGGGGUGACCCGGCAUUUGGCAGAAUGUGGCAGCCAGAAUGGGGAAUGCAUGGCCAGCCCCCUCCGCCGCCUCCUCCUCCUCCGCCGCCCCCUCCGGCCCACGACCAGGCCUGGAUCCCUCCGGGCUCAGGACCAAUGGACGUGGUGAACCCCAGCGAGGACAGCAACAGCCAGGACAGCGUGGAGUUCAACUCUGAAGCCCACCAUGGGGUUUUUCCCCAGAACAGCCAUGGGUAUGGGGCACAGCCCGACAGCUACGCCAUGGCCCCCAUGGCCAUGAACCAGUUUGAUUAUCAGCAUGGAGCCGCCUCCUCCUUUGCCCCCACGCCCGCAAACUUCCACUCCCCAUACUGGCAAGGCCCUCCUCAGAACAGACGAGAUCCCAGACCCUCUGGCUUCAGAGACCGGCCCAGAUCCCCGAUACAGCUCCCUGUCAAACAGGAGGCCCCAGCACUGCUAGCCCCAAUUUCAACCCUGGAUGCGGUUAAAAGGCGCACACUACCUGCCUGGAUCCGAGAGGGCCUGGAAAAGAUGGACAGAGAGAAGCAGAAGAAGCUGGAGCGGGAGCGGAUGGAAAAAGAGCGUUCAAAAAUGGCAAAAGACGAUGGCAAAAAGCAAGAGGCAGAAGAGGAAGGCGACGGGCCACGGGUGCCGCGCAAGAGUAAAUUUGACAGUGACGACGAGGGGAAUGAUGACAACGACGAUGAAGACAAGGUCUCUGUCAAGAAAGACCUUUCUGUUCGGAGCCCAUCGCCUCCUGCAGAGGACAGCGAGCCUGAAAUGACGGAGGAGGAAAAGGAGUUCCAGCUGAUAAUCAUCACAAAAACGCUUCUCACAGAGAUCCUGCUCGAGGUCACCAAUGAAGAGAUCCAGCAUGUGGCCAAAGAGACUCACCGCAAAGCCACUCGAGCUCCUGCAAAACAGCUGGCACAGUCAAGUGCACUGGCUUCUCUGACUGGUCUCAGUGGGCUUGGUGACUACGGUUCGGAUGAGAGCGGCGACGAGGACGAACGCAGCGUGCGAGGGUCCGAGUCCUCGGACACCGACGACGAAGAGCUGCGCCACCGCAUCCGAGAGAAGCAGGACGCCUUCCGUCGCAAGGAGCGGGAGACGCAGCAGCUGCAAGAAAAACAGGCGCAGGAGGCUCUGCUUGCACGUGAAGAGAUGGCGAAGGAGAGAUUGAGCAGGGAAAGGGGGGAUUAUGAUGAGGGCCAGCCAGAGAAUCCACACAAACAGGAAGCAAAGGAGAGUGAGGCGGAGCCCUUGAUAGAGAGGCGUAGGUCCCGUAGCGAGAAGGAAGGUAGCGAGAGCAAGCACCCGGCCAGAGGCAAGGAGCGACCGGGGCGAGGCGCGAGCAGCUCCCCAACCAACGGCCACAGCAGCAGCUCCCGCUCCACUUCUAGCCACAGCAGCCGUCGCUCUUCCUCCUCUUCGUCGUCGUCGUCUUCGGCGUCUUCCCGCAGCUCAUCGCGAUCCUCCUCCCCGCGCAGGAAGAGGAGGCGUAGCCGCUCCUCCUCCCACAAGGCUCGUAGGCGCAGCCGCAGCCGCAGCUCCCACAGGCACCGCAGUGAGAAGGUUAGGGACAGGAGGAGGAGCAGCGCUGAGAGAUCAGGCCGCCACAAGAAAGACCGCAGUGAGUCCAGGGAGCGCCGGAGUAGGAGGAGUAGAUCCAGAUCCAGGGAGCGAGACAGAGAGCGAGCCAGGGCCAGGGACAGCCGCAGUCGCAGCCGAGAGAGAGAAAAGGAGAAAGACAAGGAGAGGAAACGGAGCCGGGACGCCCGAGACAGCAGUCACAGUCGUAGCAGCAAACACAAGCAGAAGGCCUCCAGCAAGGACCAAGAGAGGGGGAGGGAAAGGAGUCACAGCCACGAGAAAGACAAGAAAAAGAGGGAGAAAGACAGGGAGAAAGAGUCUGAUAAGAAGAAAGAAAAGCCAAAGGCCAGAGAGAAGGAAAAAGGUAAAGGAAGCUCUGUAGUUACGGAGGAGAACGGCAAAUCAAAGAAAAGGAGAGAGAGCGACUCGUGCACGGACUCUCAGAGUGACAAGCACUCCCGGCAGGAUAACAAAGCCAGCAAGAAGGGCUCCGCCAAAGCUAGCAAGAAGCGCUCUGACUCUGACUCAAGUAGGUCCCCUACCCCAGAGGUUAGCAAGGAAAAGAAAUCCAAAAAAUCCAAACGUAGUCGCUCAAGGUCGACGGAAAAAUAUCACAAGUCUGGUAAGAAGGCAAGCCGCAAACACAAGUCUAAGUCGCGAUCAAGGUCAACGUCCCCCUCCCGUCGUAGCAGGCGCUGAGGAGCACAGUUAACCUCCUGAUCUGUGCACUUUGCCAUUUUAAAUUCCAUGAGUUGAACAGGCUUGUCUCAUUAUAGAGGCAGUUGUGUAGGUGAACCCCUCCCUCACUCAUAAAUCUUUAAUCUUUGUAAAUAUAUUGUUAUUUUUUAAGUGUGACUGAAGAUCAAGACUUUUGGUAGUGAAUGGUAGGAAUUUUCACUUGUAACUUAAUGCAAAGAUUAAUAAGCACCAGUGGACGACAAGAAAAAUAAAGUUUAAUUUUCAACCAUAACAGAAUUAACUUUUUUUUUCUUUCUCUCAAAUUAAUGUAAUAUGUCCAAUAAAACUGUUUGUUCAUUG